AUGGCGGCCACCACGGAUCUGAACACCUACAAGUUCAACCACUCGAUGAUUCGAGUCAAGGACCCCAAGGAGUCUGUGAAAUUCUACGAGUUUCUUGGAAUGAGUGUCAUCCGCAAGGCCGAGUUCCCUGAAGCCAAGUUUGACCUUUACUUCAUGGGAUACAACAGUAAGGGCGCGACUUCAUUCGGAAACUCUUCGCUUGACCGCGAGGGAGUCAUUGAGCUCACCCACAACUACGGCACUGAGAGCGACCCCAACUACACCAUCAACAACGGAAACAAGGACCCUCACCGCGGAUUUGGCCACACCUGUAUUUCCGUCGACAACUUGCAGGCUGCUUGCCAGCGCAUUGAGGAUGCCGGCUACAAAUUCCAGAAGAAGCUGACUGAGGGACGAAUGAACCACAUUGCCUUUGCUCUGGACCCCGAUGGAUACUGGGUUGAGAUUAUUGGUCAGAAGCCCCUUGAGGAGACUGCCAGCAUCAAGGAGACUGACGUCGCUACCUACCGCAUGAACCACACUAUGAUCCGUGUCAAGGAUCCUCAAAAGUCCCUCAAGUUUUACCAGGAGGUUUUGGGCAUGUCCCUCUUCAGAACUAGCGAGUCUCCCAACGCAGGAUUCAACCUCUACUUCCUUGGCUAUCCCGGAACCCAGGGCGUCCCCCAGGAGGGCAAGACCAGCGAUCGUGAAGGCCUCCUUGAAUUGACCUGGAACUACGGCACCGAAAAGGACGAAGCCUUUUCCUACCACAACGGCAACAGCGAACCUCAAGGCUUCGGCCACAUCUGCGUCUCUGUGGAUGAUCUGGACGCUGCUUGCCAGCGAUUUGAGGACCUCAAGUGCAACUGGAAGAAGAGACUGACGGACGGCCGCAUGCACAACGUUGCUUUCUUGCUGGACCCUGAUGGAUACUGGGUUGAGGUUGUCCAGAACGACAGAUACAGCAACAACAAUUACCAAAUGAGGCUGUUAAACACAAAGUCGCUUGACCUCGAGAUAUUUCCUACCAAUGAGGACAUACGUUAUGCCAUAUUGUCCCAUACUUGGCGGGAGGGCGAAGUGACCUUUGCCGACCUCCACCAACACGAGAAGCGAACAGAAGCACGAGGAUGGGAAAAGAUCCGUCGAAGCUGUGAAAUAGCUUCUCAGCUGGGGUUCGACUAUAUAUGGGUUGACACGUGCUGCAUUGACAAGACAAGCAGCGCGGAGCUGUCGGAAGCCAUCAACUCGAUGUUCCACUGGUACGAGAAGGCUGAAGUGUGCAUCGCCUAUCUAGAUGACCUCACCCUUGCAGCAGGUUCAGCAGUGGUGGACUCCGAUUUCGAGCAAUGUCGCUGGUUUUUCAGAGGCUGGACGCUCCAGGAACUUAUUGCUCCCCCAGAGUUGCGCUUCUACUCCAAGGAAUGGAACUUUGUCGGCACAAGGACAUCUCUCAAAGCCAUCAUUGCGAAAACCUCGCGUGUUCCCGACAUGAUGCUUGAGGCGCACGUAAAUGGCCAAAGGCAAAGGCUCGACAACUUUUCCGUGGCGGAAAAGAUGAGCUGGGCAGCCAACCGUAGGACUACUCGGCCGGAGGACAUGUCCUACUGUUUGCUUGGAAUCUUCGAUAUUAACAUGCCUUUACUUUAUGGAGAGGGUCAAGGGAAAGCCUUUAGGAGACUGCAGGAAGAGAUUAUCAAAUCUACAAACGAUGAUUCUAUCUAUGCGUGGAGCUAUUCUGAAGAGCAGUCUAAGAAACAGCAUUUCUGGGGCCUCUUGGCUGACACCCCAUCUGCUUUUGGACAGCACAGGGAGGGCUUCGUGGUAAAGCGAUCAAGAUAUCUCGCACGACGCUCAAAUCAUGUAGCCACAGUCUCCAACCGCGGCCUCAACGUGGAGUUUGCGCUGGCACCUCUUCUAAACGAUAAAUCGGACACCAUCUUCAUCGCCAUGCUGGACUGCGACAUGCAGAAAGAAAACUCAUCGCACUCGCUGACGCCGGCCAUAAUCCUCCAGAAGAUGUCGUGGCACAGCGACUCUGAGUUUGUCCGCAUACGACCAGACUUCCUGCUCGUGCAGUUAAUGAAUCGCAUAAUCUUGCCCACAGCCGACGACCUCGCUCAGAUGCGUGAUGGCCUCCGUCUCCCAGAAGCCGUGCCGCGACAGAUAUUUGUCCCGCAUAGCUUGUCCGCCCUACGUGCUCCGCGAGGCCUAUUGUUUCACCCUGCAGUCAAGGGACAAUCUCAAUCUCUGAAGCCACAAGAUUCGCUUAUAGUCGAUGUACUCACGCAACCGUCCGAAUGGCUUUAUUUUGACGAAAGAUCGCACGACGGAAGCAUAGCAAGCCCCGGCCAAGCGAACCACGACUUCUUUGACAUACUAUCAUCAUUGCAAAGAGUGCAGUCAUAUGUAUUGAAUUUCAAGCCCUUCUCCGAUCUAGGGGUUACAGAGCCCACGCAGGCAACGAUCCUCGGGUCGUUAGAACUCGAGAUUAAGCAGCAAAGUGGAUGGAACAGCUGGCAUGUGUGCUUGGUAACAGGACUAGAACCGCUCCCGCCAAACCCCUUUGGCACGCCAUCCCUGUAUACUGUGCCGUGGUACGCAUUUGAGACUAAAGCUAAGGUCAUGGCGGGAGAGCUUGAUGAGGUGUUGGACAAGAAGACGAGACGGGGGUGGCAUAGGCUGAUGGAUGAUAUGGUUCUGAGAGUCGAUUUCGAUCUCGAGAGUCGGCACUCGAGGUUGUAUUACAAUGCGGUGUUGAAGGUGAUUACACCGUCAGAGAGAUAUGGUACGACACAAAACGCCAGGCCAAGUACAUGA